CUCUCUCUCUCUCACACACACAUACACACACACACUCACAGAAGCAGGAAGCCACUCAACAUUUCAGAGAAAACCAAACUCAGAGUGUCUCUCUUCAGUGCAAUCUCUCUCUCUGUGUGUGAGUUCAGGAAAAUGGCUGAGGCCAGUAUUUCAGUAGAUCAGGACCAGUUCAUCUGUCCAGUGUGUCUGGAUCUACUGAAGGAUCCGGUGACGAUAUUCUGUGCUCACAAUUUCUGUGAGUUGUGUAUUAAUGACUACUGGGAUCAGGAAGAUAAGAGCGGAGUGUAUCGCUGUCCUCAGUGCAGAGACACUUUCACUCCAAGGCCUGUUCUAAGAAGAAACAACAUGCUGGCUGAAGUGGUGGAGAAACUGAAGAAGACUGAAGUCCAAGCUGUUUCUACUGCUCACUGUUACGCUGGACCUGGUGAUGUGGAGUGUGAUUUCUGCACCGGGAGAAAACGCAAAGCCGCCAAGUUCUGUCUGAUGUGUCUGGCGUCCUUUUGUGAAACUCAUCUGAAACCUCACUAUGAAGUUCCUGGUUUGAAAAAGCACGAGUUAGUCGAAGCUUCUGGAAAUUUACAAGAAAAGAUCUGCUCUGAACAUGAUAAAAGGCUGGAUAUCUACUGUCGUACUGACCAAAGCUUCAUCUGUUAUCUGUGUAUGAUGGAAGAACACAAAAGCCACAACGCCGUCUCAGUUAAAGUAUACAGAACUGAAAAACAGAGCGAGUUAAAGGAGGAGCAGAUGAAAUCCCAGCAGAGAAUCCAGGAGAAGCAGAAGAAGGUGCAGGAGCUGAAACAGACUGUGAACACUCUAAAGCUCAGUGCACAGACAGCAGUGGAGGACAGUGAGAGGAUCUUUACUGAGAUGAUCAGCUCCAUGGAGAAAAGGCGCUCGGAGGUGACGGAGCUGAUCAGAGCUCAGGAGAAGGCUGAACUGAGUCGAGCUGAACGACUUCUGGAGCAACUGGAGCAGGAGAUCACUGAUCUUCAGAGGAGACUCACUGAGCUGGAGCAGCUUCCACACAUAGAGGAUCACUUCCACUUCCUCCAGGAAAUAAAGGUUUUAGUCUCUGGCCGUCGCUCUCCCGAAUUUACUAGACCAGAUUUUCAGUCUGAUCUCCGUGAGGACUCACACAGCAUCACUGUCAAUCAACAUGUCUCAUUUGAUGGAGUGAGGAAAUCUCUCUCUGCUCUGAAAAAGAGAGUCGAGGAAAUCUGCCAGGAGGAAUUCAUCAAAAUCCCUGAACAUGUUGAAGACGUUCAGAUUUUACUCUCAGAGCCAAAGAGCAGAGACCAGUUUCUGAAAUAUUUCUGUGAUCUGACUCUGGAUCCCAACACAGUAAAUUAUGACCUCAUUAUGUCUGAGAAGAACAGAGCGGUUUCGUACAGUGAGAGACAGCAGCAGUACUCUGAUCAUCCAGAGAGAUUUGACUCCUACUGGCAGGUGUUGAGUAAGGAGAGUGUGUGUGGACGCUGUUACUGGGAGGUGAAGUGGAGGGGUGGUGUGUACAUAUCAGUCUCAUAUAAAGACAUCAGCAGGAAAGGACAGGGUAAUGAGUGUGUGUUUGGAGGCAACAAUCAGUCAUGGAGUCUGCGGUGUUAUUCUCAUUCUACUUCUCUCUUUUUCUGGCACAACAACAUUGAGACUGAUCUCAGAGUCCCAUCAUCCUCCAAAAUAGGAGUGUAUGUGGAUCACAGUGCAGGAACUCUGUCCUUCUACAGUGUCUCUGACACGAUGAAGCUCCUGCACAGAGUCCACACCACGUUCACUCAGCCUCUAUACGCUGGGUUUAGGCUCUAUUGGUUGUAUGAUUCUACUGUGAGAUUGUGUGAUCCAGAAUGUGUGUAGUGUUUUAUGUAUAAUUCCUGCACUUUGCCAUUUAUUAAUUAAAACAGAUGAGUAUUUUCACAAUAAUUAAAAAGUUAUGAUCGACA